AACUAGCAUGGAUCGAUCUACACAUCUAAAUCGUUAUUCCAGAGGAAGCCGGGCAUAUAGAGGAAAUGAAAUAGAGCAAAGGAGCAAUAUGACGGACAGCGAGCAAACGAAUGAAAAUUAUUGUGAGAAUAACUCGCCUAGUACUUCAAACCCUCAGAAUCAGCCAACACAUGCUGAUGGAUUCACCAAGAUACCACCAAAUGAAUCAAGACGGAGCAAACUGCAGAGGAUUGCACAGAAAGAAGAGGAGGAUCUGAGGAGAUUGAAAGAGGAGAACCGCCCUGGUCCCAUUCAGCUGGCUCCAGAGAGACUAGGUGGAGCAGUAUCACUGACAGAAGUCAGACAAAGACAGCAGGAUGAAUACUGCCAGUCAAAGCUGAGAAAAAAGCUUCAAAAAGAGGAAAUGGAUAAAAAGAAGAGACAGGCAGAGGAGGAGGAGAAUGAGAAAAUGAAGGCCUUACAGCGAGAGAAGGCCACUAAACUAGAAAUGAGGAAAAAGCAAGAAGACGAACAGAGAAAGAAGUUGUACCAACACGACAAGCAAAUGAAAACCGAGGAGUUUCUUCACAGAAUUGAGAGGUCCAGCAGUAGUGUUUCUAUGGCAGCAAGCAAUUCCGUACCAGCAUCAUCCUGGACUAAAAGUCAUGAGUACAGGGAAGCCAGAAAAGAGGAGGAGAACGCUGACCUGCUUAAGAAGAAAGAGGAGCAGAGGAUAAAGACAGAAAUUUUGGAGGAAAAACAAAAACAACAGGAGGAGGACAGGAAGAGACGGACUGAAGCUGACCAUCGGCGGGUGAACAUGGCCUUCCUAGGCCGUCUGGAGGUGGGUAGUUCAGGAAGGGUGCCUGAACCUGUGACCCAAACCCCUGAAAGCACUAAUGUCUGGCUGGAUGAUGAUGAUGACGAUGAUGAACCGCAGGAUACAGCCUUAUCCACAGUACCCAACCCAUCACAGCUCCACACAGACUGUGAAGAGGAGGAUGAUUGUGGCCAUAUGUGGACCCUGAUGAAACUCCAGAAUAGGUUUCCAUACUAUGAGCUCAAUAUGCUGGAAGAGAUCGUCAAACAGUGCAAUGGCAAUUACCAGCAAGCAUAUGAGCUGCUUAAUGUUUAAAUACUUUCUCCUCAGUGAUAGAUUAAUCCUAAUGUUGUUUUGUGAGUAAAUAAUAAUUUUUGGGUGAACUACCCCUUUUCUUAAUGAAGGUGGCGGGCUUAAACCAAACCAUCUAGUGUCCUUUGAACUGAAACAAAAAAUUAUUUUUUAGUUUGUGCAGUUAUUUUUGCUCUGACACUAAAUGGAUUGACACUUAGUCACAGAGAAAAGAAAUCAAAACAAUAAAUCAAGAUUUGAGUCUGCUGUGGGAACAUUUAUGGAUCCUAUGAGUACAAUUCACAGGCUAAAUGAUGUGCGUUCACUAAAUUCAAAGGCUAAUUUAUAAUGAGGUAAAGGACUGAACUCAUCCACCACAGGGAUGGACAGUGAAAAACCAAACCAUCAUACAGUUCAUUAGCUUCCUGAAUGCUGUAUAGGUUUCUCCUAAAACUGCAUUAAUUUAAAAAAGCGGCCUCUAUGUAUGUGAAAUAGAGUGCAACAGACGGGUUCCUGAAGUAAAAAUCCCAUCCAUUUUCUCCAUUGGGGAAUUGUUUUUUAUAUUUCAACGAUAACUUAUAAACCAUUAAAGAGAGUCCUACUGUGAGCUACGAGGUUGUUAAUCAGUGGCAAUGGCAUGUGCUUUUGUUGAUGCUAUUAGUUUUAUUAUUUAAAAUUUCUAUUUAAAAUAAUUGUUUAACUGCAUAAUUCCUGUUGAAAAAGAGAGAAUCGCGGCAAGCGAAUCAAGAUUAAAAGAACUCUUCAGCACUCCCAUGAAGCACGGCCGAUGAUAUAUUUGUAACCUACUCACAUAUUUGUGUAUAUAUUUAUACAUAUCUUCAAUAAACAUCAAAUAUUUUAUAUAUAUAUAUAUAUAUAUAUAUAUAUAUUAAAACAUCUUUAAAUUAAUAGUUUUUUAUUUCUCCUUCAUUUUAUUUUAUAUCACUCACGAUGCUUCAUGAGAUUGUAGCUCUUUCCCGUGUUAAACCCGUUAAAUACACAGUCUUACCUUUUUUUUUGUAAUGUGAUCCACCUCUUAGCUGGAUGGUUUGAUUCAUGGCUUAAAUUUUCUUAAUAAAGACUUUUUUAAAAUUCGUAUGGGAAAAUGAGUGGGAAAAAUACUUCUGGAACAAAUGCGGCAAGUGGGCAGGCACAGUUGCACUCUAUUCAGCAGAUUUAAUCCUGGAGUAAUAGAAGAGACAUUUCAUUUGAAGGUGUCCACAUGUAGAAAAAAAUAAAUAAAUUAAGUUCCUGGAUUUGUGUUGAUGUGUUUAGAAAAUUGCCUAAACUACCACAAAGUUAAAUUCAGCAUAUUCAUUGAUAAAGUCAUUUUACAAAUAUGUAUAAGAGAGACACAAAUGGCACCAAUUUUGGCGAUGAUGGAGAAAGAGCUGGUGUUUUUGACUCAAGGAGUCAAGGAGUUCAGGUUCAAGUGUGGCCAAAACACUGCUUAGUGAACAAAAUAAUGCGGUUGAUUCUGUGUGAAUCGCAAUAAUGUAGCUACCUUGUGUUUUUGUUGAACUGCGAUCAAUCGUGUUCCUGCACAGGAAAAGUUUCUCAUGUAAAUGUGUUCGCUGCAUUAAACAUGCCGUUUCCUGUGACAGCUU